AGUAGCUAUAAAAGAGCUCGAGGCUCCGCUAAGAGAGCAGGCCUAUACAGACAACGACAAACGAGACAGAGGAGCAGCUAAAACAUCAGGAAACAUGAAAUCGAUUGACAUUCUUCUAGUCGGCCUUCUCUUGCUCUUCAGCGUUCAGCUCAUGAGCGCGUUCCCGCUGCAAAACACAGCCUUAACCACCGAGGACUGGGAUGUCUUAAAGCUUCUUCUACAGAGAUUGGAGGAGUCCAUUCCCGCUUCUUCUCAAGAACAAACACUGAUGAGAGUGGAAGAAGAGGAGGAUAAUCCUGAACAAACGCGCUUUGAACCUCAACCAAAGACUGACACGAGCGACUAUCUGUCUGCUCGGGACUUGAGGACAGUCCGGCGAGACUCCAAGAGAUAUUCCGGGUGUUUCGGGCGCAAACUGGACAUAAUUGGCUCCAUGUCGUCCCUGGGCUGCAACACCGCCGGACGCUCAGGUUCUAAGUGGUGAAGUUUUCAUGCUUAGGAGCUUCUACAAAAAAAAAAAAAAAAAAAGGUUUAACUUAUUAAUUGCUGGGAUUACUUUAAAGACUUAUUUCUACUUGAUCUGACCUUACAAUUACGUUUGUUGGUGUAACCUAAUGUAUUCAGGUUGAUUUAGUCAUAUUGAAUUACAUUAAUAUAUUUAUAUUAAUAUAUAAAAAUAUUAAUAUAUAUUUUUACUGUUAUUAUCUAUGACUCCAAAAUGUUUUUAACCAUGCAUAUUUAUUUAUAUAUUUAUUCAAUUGUUUAAAUAGUCCAGUUUUAUAUUUAUGUGCAAAUUUAAUUUAAUUGUCAUUCAGAUCAGUUGUAAUACAUUUAUAAUGCAAUGUAUAAUAAUAAACAUGCC